UCUUCUUGCUCACCCUCCCCUCCCCUCCUCUCUCUCUCUCUCCUCCUCCACUGUUCAAGCAGUGCAGUGCAGGACAAGAAGAAGAAGAAAAAACACAGAUGGUCUCUCUAUCACACACAUAAACACAUAACAUCUGUCCAUGAAGGAAGCUCCUCCUCCUCCCCCUCUGCUUAGCUAGCUCUUAGUCCUUGGUGGUGUGUGGGAGAGGAGGGGGGGAGAGAGGAGAGGUCAAAGGAAGGCUGGUCCAUACAUUAGUCCAUCCACAGAGAAAAAAACCACUCCUAGCAGCUCGCUUGCUUGCUACUAGUACUAGUAGUAGCGGUGGCGGUGUACUAGUAACUAGUAAAACUCGCAUCCAGGGGAGAAGUAACCCCUCACUCGCUUUGCUUGCCAAGAACAGCCCCACUGUUCAUCAUCCAUCCUACCAUCCUUCCUGCAUCUAGUUGCGACUGCAGAGAAGGCGAACAGAAGCAGCAGCGUCAGCAGCACCAGCGAGAAGCAUCCUUCCGGACAGGGAGUUGAGGAUGGAUCUUUCUGUGCCCCGAGGCGAGUUCCCGAUCCCAAUGCACGCCGCCGCCUCGCCCUACGGGGGCAUCGGCGGCGGGGGCGUCGCCGUCGCCGACCAUGCCAUGGACCUCCACCAUGACCACGCCAACCACAACGGCCAGUCCCAGUCCCAGGCGCAGGAUAUGCCGUCGCCUCCCGUUGCUGUGUCUGAGGACAGCUCCGGGAAGAAGCGCGCGGCGGCCAUUGCCGUCGGAGCGGGAGGGCCGCCGGUCAAGUACCGGGAGUGCCUCAAGAACCACGCGGCGGCCAUCGGCGGCAACGCCACCGACGGGUGCGGCGAGUUCAUGCCCAGCGGCGAGGAGGGCUCGCUGGAGGCGCUCAAGUGCUCCGCCUGCGGUUGCCACCGCAAUUUCCAUCGCAAGGAGCUCGACGACUUCGACGGCGACAGCUGCGCCUCGCACGGCUACGGCUACGGGCACCAUGCCGUCCGCCGCCUGCUCGGCCCCUCCGUGCCGCACCACCACAAGAGCAGCGGGGGCCUCCUCGUCACCGCAGACCACUACGGCGCCUACGCCGCGGCACGCGCUCUCCCUCCGCCGCCGCCCCCACCGCUGGGACACCACCACCAGAUCAUCAUGCCGCUGAACAUGAUCCAGACGUCCGAGUCGGACGAGAUGGACGGCAGCGGCGGCGGCGGCAUCAUGGGCGACGGCAGAGGUGGGCUAGCCUCGGGCGGCGGCGGCUCCUCCUCGUCUAAGAAGCGCUUCCGCACCAAGUUCACCGCCGAGCAGAAGGGGCGCAUGCUGGAGUUCGCUGAGAACGUGGGGUGGCGUCUCCAGAAGCUCGACGACGCCAUGGUGCAGCACUUUUGCCAGGAGAUCGGCGUCAAGCGCCGCGUCCUCAAGGUCUGGAUGCACAACAACAAGCACAACCUCGCCACGAGGCAGCCCCCUACCUCGCCUACGCCGCCGCAGUCACAGUCAAUGCCGCUGGCGAUGUCAAUGCCGAUGCCGCUGGGCAUGUCAAUGCCGAUGCAAGUGCCGCCGUCGCAGCCCGGGCCUUCCGGCCACCGCGGCCCGAGCUCCCCGCAUGCGCAUGGGGAGCUCAAGCUCGACUGACGGCACAAAGAAGAUGAAAUUAACCCUGGCGUCUGCCAACGGCGCCAUGGUUGCUGAUUCUGCUAGCGUUAGUAAGCCGCAUUGCCAUUAAUUUCACUGUUCCUUCGGAGCGAUCGAUCGAAGCAGAGAGAAGAGAAGAGAACCAAAAAACAAACUCGAGUCUAUCAUCAUCUCCAAUUUUUUUUCCUUUUGCUGUUUAUCUUAUCAUAAGGUUGGGGAGCAAGCAUGAGAGGGGGGACAUAGGCGAACCGAACUGAGCUCCACUCAAUUUCAAUUUAUUUUUCCUGGACCUAGUUUUUUUUUCGAAAUUGCUUUACACACGACACUACACGCACGAUCUGCGAACGAUGCAUCCCUCCCCAACAGUGAUUCCUGCCUGCACGCUUGCUUUUGAUGCUGCCAAGUAGGAUCGUGCAGGCGUCGGCUGUAAAACUGUCGUCCGUGUAGCAGCGCUGUUUUUUUUUUCCUUCUUCUUCCCCUUCUUCGUCUCCUUGGUUGGUGUCUCUGACUUGAAGUCUAGCAGUACCUGUUGAGCUGAGCAUUUGAGUUGUCAUGGAUCAGAUCAGACAGCAGAGGUUGUAUGAAAGUAAUUCUGACUUGUUUACAAUUUCUCCAUUUA